AUGGCCUUGUUUGAUCGUCGCUUACUGGCAUAUCUGGAUGAUGGCGGAUGGGCUGGUUCAGGAACGUUCCACGACCGCAUUGUGGGCUACCAGCAGGUUCGGCGACCGCGUGGCAUGAUUGGAUUCAUCACGGAUUGUGAGGGCGACUAUGCCUACUGGAGCCGCUGCGUGUCCUUGAGCCAUAUCAUCCAGUUUGGUCCGGAAGGCCAGCUUUCCUUCAAGAGGACCGAGGCUGAGGAUCGAUUUGUUUUCGGCGGCGACGUGUUCGACAAAGGCACGGGAGACCUGCGCAUUGCGAGGCAGCUCCUGGACUUCAAAAAGAGGCCAUCCAAGGACCGCGUGUGGCUACUCGCCGGGAACCGGGAUCUGAACAAGCUGCGCUUCCCGGCCGAGCUGGCCGAGGAUGAGCUGGACGUGCCCCAGCCAGUGCCCCUCUACCCGCGUGCCCCUCCCCAGGUGUCCUUGCGCAGCUUCCUGGAGAAACGGCUCGAGGGUGAAGGGAGUGAAGGGGGGCCGAAGACCAUUGAGGACAUGAACACGAAGGCCAACCGACUGCGUUGGAUCUUGGACCACACCAUGACGGCCGCUGGCGCCUUUGAGCUGCGGCGGGAAGAGAUGGCUUUGCUUGGUGGGCAAGAGGCUGGGAACAUCAGCGACCAGGAGGUCGUGGAAAGCUUCCUGGCAUCGGUUGCGGAGGAAGACGGCGUCGUGUGGCAGUACCUCUUGCACAGUUCUCUGCUGGUGCUGAUCGGGGAUUGCCUUUUCGUGCACGGUGGCCUGCCGAAGGAAGCCAUCAACUGGAUCCCGACCAUGGACAUGCGCUACGUGCAGCCAAGAGAAGGUGCAAUUUGUGGAGGCAGGCGUGUGGAGGGCACGUUGGAAGACUGGAUGACGGCCAUGAUGCCCGGCUGUUCCAUCACUUGGUUGCACAUUGAGAAUAACUUCCUGCAGGAGGGACUGCAGGACUUCCGGGCAAAGAUGUUCUGGGGCCCGGGCCGCGUGCGAGGAGGCGAAGGCCUUCUCUGCCUCACAAGCACGCCCGCCUGCUUCCGGCGUUCUGUGGUGGUAGAGUCCCUGUUACAAGGUGGCAUUCCAGACCAUCUAGACAAGGAGGUCGAGGCUUUUCUGGUGGAGGGUGGCGUGCGCACGGUGUUCUGUGGACACAAGCCCUGUGGCGACUCCCCUUUCGUGGUGCGAGGUGAGCGUGUAGCGGUGGUCCAUUGCGACACAACCUACAGCGACGCGUCGGCUGCCGAUAAGCGUGGGAGUGCGGUGGCGGCGGUGGAGAUGGAUGCUUGCAGCCUGGGGCAGCUUUGCCUUCGUGGUGUCCUGGCCGAUGGACGGGGCUAUGACUUCACCCUGUACGGCGCAGCCGGUGAUGCGCAUGUGGGGAGGCAGUGCUCGGACGGGAGCUGGGUGAAGGCCAAGCUCCAUGACGGGUGCCGCUGGGCUUUUGCUGGAAGUUUUCGUUCGUAA